AUGUUAAAGAAGGAUCAGUUGGCUCAUGUCAAGGCCGAACGUGAUGUUUUAGCAGAGGCAGACUCGCCCUGGGUAGUUCAACUCUAUUUUUCUUUCCAGGACGCACAAUACCUUUAUUUAAUUAUGGAGUUUUUACCAGGCGGUGAUUUAAUGACAAUGUUGAUCAAGUAUGAUACUUUCAGUGAACCCGUCACUCGAUUUUAUAUCGCUGAAAUCGUACUGGCAUUAGAAGCCAUCCAUAAUUUGGGAUUUAUUCAUCGUGAUAUUAAACCAGAUAACAUCUUGAUUGAUAAAGAUGGUCAUAUCAAGUUAUCAGAUUUUGGCCUAUCAACCGGCUUCCAUAAGACUCACGAUUCUCAGUAUUACCAACGUUUAUUAGAAGGAGCUCAAAACUCCAGUGGACCCGAUUUUAUCAAUCUCAACACACAAAAAGAAAAGAUCGCUACCUGGAAAAAGAAUAGAAGAGCACUUGCUUAUUCGACAGUGGGCACACCCGAUUAUAUUGCGCCCGAGAUAUUUUUGCAGAGAGGGUAUGGUCAAGAGUGUGAUUGGUGGUCCCUUGGUGCGAUCAUGUUUGAAUGUCUCUGUGGCUACCCUCCAUUUUGUUCCGAAAACCCUCAUGAUACCUACCGUAAAAUUAUGAACUGGAGAGAAACUUUAAUAUUCCCUGAUGACCAGCCUAUUAGUAGAGAGGCAGAAGAUUUAAUUCGUAGACUGAUUUGUGAUCCGGAUACUCGUUUAGGUAGAAACAGUCCUGAUGAAAUUAAGGCCCAUCCAUUUUUUUACGGUAUCAAUUGGGAACAAAUUAGAAAUGAAAGAUCCCCUCAUAUACCUCAGCUUAGAAGUAUUACUGAUACCAGUUACUUUCCUACCGAAGAAUUGGAUUCAGUACCGGAGACUGUUGAUAAUCAAGGCUUCCAAACGGAUACUGUCAAUGCUCAAAAGGAUCUUGCUUUUGUGGGUUAUACAUUUAAACGUUUUGAUUAUUUGACAAGAAAAAAUGUGCUGUAA